AUGGAGGUAGUGGAGACUGUCCAGAAAUUACCCUCUGCUGAAGAGGACAGAACUGACGUCAGUAACCUGAACAACAUUGGUAUCUACUUAACUAGUGAAGAGAUGCCGGAAGCCCUGAAACAUACCACAGAUAGAACGGAUGGGAAGGGGAAUUUGAGUGAAUUUACGAAGGGGGUAAGAACUGUCCAGAAAUUACCUUUAAGUGAAGAGGAUGUGACAGUGAAUUUAGGUGAAUUUAUGGAGGGAUUGAGGGCUCUCCAGAAAUCACCCCCAAGUAAAGAUGACCGAGUUGAUGUCAGUGACCUGGACUCUGUCCUGACCAGCAUGGGAGUCCAUCUAACCAAUGAAGAGGUGCAGAAAGCUCUGAUGCCUAUUGCUGUUGAUGGAGAUAAGGUCGGCAUCCAGCACCUGGACUCCAUCCUGAGCAGCAUGGGGAUCUGUGCGCCCAACGAGGAGCUGCAGAAGGCCCUGAAACAUACAACAGUUGAUGAUGGAAAGGUGAAUUUAACUGAACUGAUGAAGGGAUUGAGGGAUGUCCAGAACUUGCCACCUGUUGAAGUGCUUCUUUCAAUAGAGGACAGGGUCGAUGUCAGUAACCUAGACACCAUCCUGGCCAGCAUGGGGAUCCAUCUUACCAGUGAGGAGAUACAGAAGGAACUGAAGCACAUCCCUGUGGACGGAGAUGGCAAAAUCAGCUUGAGCACAUUUAUGAACAGCAUGAUGAGUACACAGAGACCAUCCCAAAUCGAAAAGAAACCUGGGCCAAGCUUUGACCAGAGCCCCAAAACAGAUAUGACACUGAAAUCCCUGCCAAAGAAAAUGAUGCUAAAACCCCUGCCAAAAAAGAUACAUGGGGAAUUAUCAGGCAUCCUCCUAGACAGGAGUAAGUGCAAAGCAGCAAAGAAUAUGACCAGGAACCAACUAGAAGCAUUCUACGAUGCCUACAAUUUCUUCACAAAGGACUCAGAUGGCAACAUUGACCUACAUGGGCUGGAGAUGACUACAAAGAAGUUGGGGCUUAAUUUAACUGAACAAGAAGCCUAUGAUGAGCUGGCAUAUGCUGAUGUGGACAGUAAGUGUACAUCCUCUCCAGUGUCAGUGAAAGGAACAGUUUUCCCCAUUCCCAGGCUGAAAGGCAUGCUGUUAAUAGGAGAUAUUGUUUACAUUGCAGGGGAUGGGAAAGUGAACUUCUUGGACUUCCUGACCAUUAUUAGUGACACCAAGCGCUUCAUCCAGGCUGUAGCUCCUGAGAAAGGCAAUCUGGACAGCUUCAAUUCAGUUGAUGCCACAGGAAUCUUGCUGUUUGAAGUCCUGUCAAAGCUGAUGGAAAAGCCAGCUUUGUCCAGGAGGACCAUGCUUGAGAUUGUCAAUUACUACAGAAACAAGUUCCUGGACUGCACUAGCAAGAAAGCUUGGAUGGUCAUGGACAGCUUUAUAUGUCAUAAUAAAAGGCUCCACAAACUCAAAAAACACCAGGCUCAACAAAAAGGUGCUGCAUCCCCCACACCUGCCUUUGCAAAGGUUGCCCACAUCCCAGUCAUGAACAACAAGGAGCUGCAAAGCUGUGUUGAAACCCUCAGAGCAAGUACUUCCACUUCAAACAGCCCUUAUGCACAAGUACCCAUCUUCCCAUUGCUUCCCAAUCGAGAUGGCGUGACAAAGACCAGGCCAAAAAAAGACUUGCAAAAGCUGGAGAUGCAGAGGAGGAAAAAAAGGAUACCAUCCUUUGAGAACCACUUCUUUCAUAAAAGAAACUGGGUGCAUGAGGCAACUGUUUUCAAACCUCCUGAUGACUUCCAAGAACGGCGAACCUCCCUUAGUCUAAGCCCUCAGUUGCUGAACAAGGAACGCUGGUUGACUAUAGAAAACUUGAAUGAGAUACGAACAAAUGUGAAGCAGGUAACUGAUACGUACAGGCAAGGGAUAGCACUCCAGGAGAGGAACAGGAUAUUGAAACUGUGGCAGAAAGUACAUGGCAGACAGACUGGGUUAGAGGCAGGAACCGAGAGCUUCUAUCACACUUUCUCCACCUACUCCUGGUCAUGGAACAUCUGCCAGGAACUGGUGACACCCAGUGACCUUCGAAAGUAUGAUAACAAACUGUACCACAGGCAGCACUCCUCAGCCUCCUCCACAGACGUUGACAUUAAGGAUGGGAAAGGAAGAGGAAAGCAAUGAGAAAGAAAUGACCAGGCAGCCACAUCUUAACAUUGCUGUUGCCUCCUCUGUCUCUCACACACAUGUUCACCACCCUCAAUUUUCUGUACAUGUCUUGGGCUGUUAAGCUUGCAGCCCUGGAGGCUGGGAAAGGGAAAGUAUCCCCUUUGGAUACUAACAAGCACAAAUGACGGGUGC